UGUAAAUAAUUAUAAGUAAGAAAAAAGUGCGAGUGAGACGAUUCUAUUCAUCUCUGAAGAGACAUUUCAUCGAAUAGGUACAGUGCUCCUCUAUCACCUCCCCAGCUCAACUCCCCUCCGCCGCUCACCUCCAAAAAAUGCAUGGCCUCAACUCCUCUCUCCGCCUCAUUACAUCCAAAUUCUUCUCCACGCAGCCCAAUCUCCAUUCCACCAGCCCCACGGCGUGUCUCUUAAAAAACCGGUCCAUAAUCCGGUUCAGCGGACCCGAAACCAUCAAAUUCCUCCAGGGUCUGCUCACCAACGACGUCCGGAGCUUCGAAGAUCCGCAAACUGCGGCGUCGCCGGUGUACGCCGCGAUGCUGACUCCUCAAGGGAGGUUUCUCUACGAUUUUUUCUUAUACAGACCGCCCCGACCCGACCCAGGUGAGCUGGAGGUUUAUGCGGAUGUGGACGGAUCUGUCGUCGACGAGCUCUUGGCAGCCUUGAAAAAAUACCGUUUGAGGUCUAAGGUCGAUAUUGAGAAUGUCGGGGAGGAAUUUUCCUGCUGGCAACGGUUUGGUCGGGGCCUUGAACUUGAUUCUGUUGGCUGGGGUGGUAUAGUUGAUCAGUCGGGUGUAUCCUCUUCACAAGGAACUAACAUUGGUUGGAAUUGGCAUAACGAUCCACGACUGGCUUGUCUAGGAUACAGGGGCAUCUUUCCGUCUAAUGCAACGCCCUGCGUGCGACUUUAUAUCCGGUUUGUAUUCAUCUGGUACAUGUAUGCAUUUGCUGUAGCGCCUCUAGUCGAGGAGGACAAGGAAACGGAUGAACGGAACUUUCUUCUUUGGAGAUUAGAGAAGGGAGUUGCAGAAGGCUCUUCUGAGAUUCCAAAGGGUGAGGCAAUACCACUCGAGUACAAUCUUGUUGGUCUAAAUGCUAUAAGCUUUGACAAAGGAUGUUAUGUUGGCCAAGAACUUGUUGCUCGUACACAUCACCGUGGAGUAAUCCGAAAACGUUUGAUUCCUGUUCGAUUCUUGAGUGGUAGCGGAAAAGAGGUGGAGCAACAAGUAUCUCCUGGUUCGGAAGUGAUAAGCAAUGCGUCUAAAAAGAAAGCCGGGACAGUCACGGCUGCACUUGGGUCCCGUGGUCUGGCACUCAUCCGCUUGGAGGAAGCUUUCAAAGAGACGGGCGCCUUGACCAUCAACGGCCGGGAAGAUAUCAAAGUCGAGACUAUUAGGCCAAAAUGGUGGCUGCCGGAGUGGUUUCUUCAUCAGCAACAGCUGACAUAGGAUUUGUAUGUGACUUCGCAGCCGGGAACUUUUGCACUAUGAAUCAGAAGCUCAAGUUUGGUUAAUAAUUAGACUCGAACGCACAGAAGUCCAGUCCAUUUAAUCAUAGAAGCCCAAGCCCAUUUACAGCAAACAUUGGGAGCCCAAUCAACACACAAUAAAAAUCCAUUUUUCUCAAAGGGCAUCUUCUUCUAGGGUUUUCGAUUUCUGAUUGCCAAAAGCAAACCGAAUUCAGCAACAGACGACAACAAUGGCGAAGAACAGAAACAAGAAGAAGAAUAGUUCGACUGCUAUGGCCGUCGAUUCUUCUACCGCCAACAAUUCGGUAGCGGAAGAACCUCAAGCCAUGGACGUGUCUGAGACCGUAGCUAAAAGAGAUUAUGUUGGCGGAGGACUUCUCAGGAAAGUGAAGGCCGGGAGACCCAUGAAGAGAUCGAAGAAUGUUAGGAAGACGAAGGCAGUAGCCAAAGCUCUGUCGAAAAGUGAGAAGUCAGUGGAGAAAAUUUCAAAAAGUGAGAGCAAGGUAUUGAGGACUAAAUCAGCCAAAAAUCUCUACCAAUAGUGUGUAGUAUUAGUAUUACUGUUUAUGGUUUUCAUGUUUAGUUAGUCAUGGCUAAUUAAUUAGUCACUAUGUUCAAUUUUGCAAAAGGUGGGGUGUUACUUUGUGGACAAAUUUCUUGAUAAGAGUGUAAUUUGCAAAUCCAUUAUUCAUUUA